AUGGCUUCGCCCCUCCCUCCGCGCUUUGCUGAGGAAUCAUCUUCAGAGACUAGGAUGCCAAAAGACGCCACGGGUUCCAAGGGUGGUAAGAAGCCCAAGAAAAUGAAGUCUAAGUCUAAGAAAGAUGAUGAGUGUAAACAUGAGAAAACCAAAGAAGAAGAAACAGAGGAUGGUUCCGACCCGGAUCACACCUUUGAAGGCCGUGAUGAUGAUGAUGAUGAUGAAAAUGAGCCCGAUGGUUCCGAGCAUGGAUCUAGGAAGAAACCUUCGACCAAAGGCAGCAGCCAAGAUUCUAGCAGUCGCAAGAAACCAGCUGCUGUGAUGAAGCGGCCUGCCAGCCAAAGGAAGGAAAGGAAGGCUUGUGAAGACGCAGCACAGGAAGUUGCUGAAGGACAAGAACGUCUCCCCUUUCAGCAUCUCAUCGAGGACAAGGACACAAUGCUUGACACUCCCAACUCCAACAAGCCGAUUCCAAAUGACGAAGAUUUGCUGUAUCCCGACAACCAGCUUGGACUCUACCCGAAUUCGGACGAGAAAUACCAGAAGGCCAUGGAGGAGAUUCAGAUGCAGAUCGACGACGUCGCUGAGGGAGAUCCCAAUUUGGGCAAUGGAUCUUCAGCCCCUAUGGUGCCAAUGCUUUGCACUCCUCCAUGUGCAAAGCGUGCUGUUGCCACACCUCAGCAGUCUGCGGCCACAUGUCAGUCUGCUGCGGAUCUUCAUCAAUCCGAACAACCCAGUCAGUCCCAGAAGCUUGAUGGCAAUGAUGGAGAGCUUGUCUCACUUGACAUGCUUCUUGCGACGAAGGAAGCAGUGACCCAAGCCCUUGAGCUGGUGACAAGCCACAUGGAAAGGACAGGGAUGUCCGUUGAUGACUGCGAUGUGGGACUAUGUGAGCAAGUUGCUGCCGCCGCAGCACCACCUUCGCCACCUCCCUUGCUGCAGCCUUCCAACCUGGCUUUCCCAAGCCCCUGUGAUGGUGAGGUGCCUCAGAUCAAGUCUCUGAGCGUGGCCGGCCCUGGUCAGGGCUUCGUGGCCAACAUCAAGAUUGCCGCUGAGUUUCAGCCACGGAUCGAGCCAGGAUCCAAUGCCGAGGUUGGUGAUGGAACUGCAACCCCUAGCUCUGGUCCUGAAGAGGAAAUUCAGGAUGAUGUUCGUGGUUUGAGUUACUCUCCUAGCAUCCCGGCUACCCAGCUUGAGGCAAGCCCGGGAAAGCAAGGAGAAGAUGAGGAGGUGAUUCAGGCUCCUUUCCCAGUGGAGUCAAGCCCAGAGGCAGAGCCAGCGCCUGAUACUUCCAACCCAUGUCCAGAACCCAAGCCGGAGAAGUCAAAAACUGCUCGCAAACGCCCGGUCGCCACAAAGGGCGACAAUAGCAAAACCAGUGCAAAGAGCAAAGCAAAAGCUAGCGCAAAGAGCAAGACGAGCAAAGCAACGCCCAAGGCCAAGAGCGUUGCCAAGGCCAAGAGCGUUGCCAAGGCCAAGAGCGUUGCCAAGGCCAAGAGCGCUGCCAAGGCCAAGAGCGCUGCCAAGGCCAAGAGCGCUGCCAAGCCCAAGAGCGCUGCCAAGGCCAAGAGCGCUGCCAAGGCCAAGAGCGCUGCGACCAAAACCAAGACCAAGGAUGGUGAGAGACCGGAAGAUGAAGAGACAAUUUUGAAGCGCAAGCUGCACUGUGUAUACUCGGCUGAGUCCAAACGCCUUGCGGCCUUGGGAGUUUCGCCUGCUGAGAGGAAGCUGCUUGCAAAUGAAACUCGCAGAAUGCAACUCGGCUCAAAGCGGCCAUCAAACUUGCAUUAUUUUUGGACGUGUGCCAUGUCGAGCUGGGAGUUAAAUUUUCCCCCAUAUCCACACUUACUAUCCCUUACUAUCCUUUUUCCUUCCAUCGAUUUUCACUACCCUUGA